AUGCCCCAGACGCCCUCUUCAAGUCAACCAAAUGGUAUAAACGAUUCCAACGUACAGAAUAGUGGAAGCCAAAGGGCUGGAACUGUCUUGAAGGAGGUUGUUUUGGAAAAAGCUAGCAAAGCUGAACUUCCACCUGCAAUCCAGUCUGAUAUCAAGUCUUGGAUUAAACUCGCCCAGACGAUUGCUGUGACGUCUGCACUCUUCGCCGCAGUUCAAAUCUCUCUCAACCAGAUCAUCGAGUCGGCUGUCUUUGCUAGCGGCGGCGACUUGCAAGGCCAUUCUCUCUCUGCUUGGCGCGGGCUGCGCUGGUUCAUGUACAGCGCUGUGAUCCUCAACCUGGGAUGCGCUGGAUCUGCCGUUGCAGUCAUCAAUAUGGCUGCUUCGCUUGAAUCUCAAAUCGGUGAAUUGGUCCUUAAGCACUGGCGUCUGGAAAGCGUCAAUUCGUCUGAACGACGGAGACAUACGGCAUUGUACGACUGGGUCAUACACGGGAAUCCACUUCCUGAAGAGCUGUUGGAAGGUCCUAAGAGUUUACGGAGGUUGCGAGAAUUUGGGCUUCGAGCGCCGUUUUACUUAUGUUCGAAUGCGAUGCUGUGGGCGUUUAGCUGGGGAGCCCGACUCGACGGACUUAACAACCUCAAAAAUACAACCUUGGCCUCGACCAUUGUGAUGUCCCAACCCUUGACUGUCACCGUGGAUGAUACCUCGCCUAUCAUACGUUACAAUCCACCCGGAAGUAUCAGUGACAAUACCAAGGGCUGGUCGGUCGUCUGCGAUGCUAUCCUGUGGAGGUGCGAUGAGCAUUCGGCCCAUGUAACUGGGAUGGACGGCGCCACCUUGGCACUCACAUUUUAUGGAACGGCCAUUCACCUGGCCGGCAACGUCACCCUGGGCAUGUCUGCGACGUACACACUAGACGGAAAUGCGGUUACAUCAGGUACCACGGCGGACAGCACGUCGCAGGAGCUCGCAAAAUUCGAGAACCUCCCGCUAGGUCAACAUACGUUGAUCCUCACGACGAAAAUUGGAGGCGCACAAAGUGCGCUCACUUUCGAUUACGCCACCGUAGUCCUUGGAAACGUAAAGGAUGGCACCCUUAAAAAGCAGUAUAUUGACGCGAUUGACAACUCGAUCGUGUAUGGACCAGCGGGAACGCAUCAUUGGAGUGACUAUCAACUCUAUGCGGGUACCAUUCUCCCAGAGGGCGUGAAUAACGAGACAUUCAGAGCUACUCGGAACAAAGGAGCAACGCUUUACUACAAAUUCCAAGGCUCAGCGUUUGCAUAUUACGGGCCUUGUUACACCGACACAUGGGCAUACACCGUCUCGCUCGACGCCAAUGCCAACACGCAACCGGUUGAAUACAAUGCCUCUGUACCAUGGCAACAAGUCAUCGAGGGAUGCUUGCGCUACUUUGCGUCGGGAUUGUCGGCAAAGAAUGCGGAUGGGACUCCUGCGGACCACGAAGUUCUCGUGACAAACUCGCAGGAUCAUUGGAUGACGGCAAACUGGCUCGAAGUCUGGAGCUAUGAGCUCACUGAGGACUCGAGUAGCGGGAGCGGUGGUACGGGCGGUUCUGGAUCGUCGGCUGCAUCGAUGAUGAACAUACUCGGAUUCUCACAGAGAGCAAUGCUCUCGGACCGAACUUUCGCGUCUUCCCUCGUUGGUAGCGGAAUCUUUCCAUCCAUGGUCCUGUUCUGGAGUUUCAUUAUUCGUCUAUUAUUCGUCUAA